AUGAUUCAGCGAGUGCACUUGGCUUCCGACUAUAAGGCUUUAGUAACAAGCAAGGAGAUAGCCGCGUCUAGCGAUUUAUAUUCACUAAUGCCGUUUAUAGACGAAGACGGCUUGAUGCGCGUGGGCGGGCGACUUGAAAAUUCGUCAUUAAACUUUGAAUCAAAGCAUCCAAUCAUAUUGCCAAAAGGGCAUGAAUUGACCGAAGCCUUGAUUGAUCAUUUUCAUCGUAAAAUGUUGCAUGGUGGACCACAAGCCGUUUUAGCGUCGAUUCGUCUCCAGUACUGGCCAAUAGGUGGAAGGAAGGCUGUAGCUAAGGUGAUCAACAAGUGCAUACGAUGCUUUCGAGUUAAGCCAAAAACAGCAGAACAUCUUAUGGGCAACUUGCCGGCCGAUCGUGUGCAGGCAAACCGAGCAUUCUUAGUAACUGGCAUGGAUUUUUGUGGCCCGUUUUUGUAUCGAUCUGAAGUACGCAAUAAACCUGCUAUUAAAUGCUACAUCUGCCUGUUUGUUUGUUUUAGCACAAAGGCUGUGCACCUCGAGUUGGUUAGUGAUUUGUCAACACCAUCGUUUAUAGCCGCACUCAAGCGCUUUAUAUGUACGCGUGGUAAACCUAAAACGCUUUGGUCUGAUAACGCUACAAACUUCGUUGGUGCAAAAAAUGAAUUGGCAGAGCUAAAGCAACUAUUUUUUAACGAUCAAAAUCGCCAAGCAAUCCAUCAGCAGUGCCUUGACGAUGGUAUCGAUUUUCGCUUUAUACCUCCUAGGUCUCCGCAUUUUGGCGGCCUUUGGGAGGCAUCCGUGAAAACUGCAAAAUUUCAUUUUUGGCGUGUUGUUGGACUUUCGGUUUUAAACUUCGAUGAAUUAAGAACACUGGUGGUUGAAAUUUCUGCAGUAAUGAACUCUCGCCCUCUCUGUCCUCUUACAGAAAAUCCUGAAGACCUCGACGUACUAACUCCGGCCCACUUUCUGAUCGGGUCAGCAUUCACCGCGUUGAUUGAGCCAGACGUUUCAGUGCUUAAUAUUAACCGCUUGGACAGGUGGCAGCGGGUUUGCUAUAUGCAGCAAAUCUUCUGGAAAAAGUGGUCUGCUGAGUAUCUCACGCUUCUGCAGCAACGUAGCAAAUGGCGCUCCCGAAAGCCGAAUAUUGAAAUCGGAACCAUGGUGCUUGUUAAGGAUGAGAAUUUGCCUCCGCUGAAGUGGCCGCUGGCCAGGGUGAUUGAAACCAUCAAGGGCAGCGAUGAAGUUGCGCGAGUGGCUGUUCUUCGCACCGCUAGUGGUACUACCAGGCGCGCUAUCAACAAGGUGUGUGUCCUGCCCAUGAACCCUGAUGUAGUUGAAAGCCUGCCGCUUCCAACGGGGGGAGGAUGUUUGGAGAAGCACCAAAAUUCUUAA